CACUGAAUCGCAAUCGGUUAGACGGAACCCAUAAGGUACGCCACAGCACGCCAUGGCACGGACCAAGCAGACCGCCCGCAAGUCUACCGGCGGGAAGGCUCCUCGCAAGCAGCUGGCAACGAAGGCCGCCCGGAAGUCGGCACCUGCCACUGGUGGCGUCAAGAAACCGCACCGCUACAGACCUGGCACAGUGGCUCUGCGUGAAAUUCGGCGAUACCAGAAGUCGACAGAGAUGCUGAUCCGCAAGCUGCCGUUUCAGCGGUUGGUUCGCGAAAUAGCGCAGGACUUCAAGACCGACCUCCGGUUUCAGAGCUCUGCCGUGCAGGCCUUGCAGGAAGCCUGCGAAGCGUACCUUGUGGGCCUCUUCGAAGACUCCAACUUGUGUGCGAUUCACGCUAAGCGCGUCACUAUAAUGCCGAAAGAUAUACAACUUGCACGACGCAUACGCGGCGAACGUGCCUAGCCACUUUCCGGCCCUUCACGGUGCUGAUCUUGUAAAUUUUCAUUCAACGUUCUCAUCGAAUCAUUACCAUGAAUGUUUUCAGCCACAUGUCCUGAAAUAAAGCGCCUUUCAACCGCG